CCACUCGCAAAUCACAACCGGACUCCUGAGAGAGACGGGGAGAGUGAGAAGCACGAGAGUCUUCCGCUUUCGCUCCGGCCAACAUCCGCAUGGCCACCACCGCCGCCGACGUACCUGACGACUUCAAAAAGUGGUGGGAGACAUUCAACAAUGGCGUCGCCGUCGACCAAGGGCAAGACGACGAUGAAGACGGGACGGACUCCGAUUCCGGUUUCGAGCAGGGGCAGCAGCAGCAGGAGGAGAAUGCGGGCGAGGAGACGGCGUCGGAGGCCCACGCGCCCGCCGGGAGGGAGGGCGCCGCCGGCGAUUGCGACGAGGAGGGGGUUUCUGAGGAUAGCCGUUUUCCGCGUGAAGGUGAGCUGCAGGGAAGGAACAUAGAAGGAGACGCCAAACUAAAUACACCACGGGCUUCUGAAGAUGAAGCCGAGCAUGUUUCUGAGGACAGCUAUGUUCAGAUUGGAGGCGGGCUGCAGGGAAUGAAGAGAACAGCAACCGCCGAACGAUACGAACCGCAGGCUACCGGAAAUGAGAUCCAGAACGAAGAAGGUCAAGGUAUAAAGAAGUGUUGAUCACACCUUGUUGCA